GGGAACUAUGCGCAGAAUCUGGAUUCCUUCAACUCUCUAGAGACGGAACAAACCUACAGGCUGGGUGCAACAUGGAGGGAAAGGUGCCGCAGCUGUUGGUGUGAUUCUACGGGAGCGUGGUGCAACGGGCCUGUGUGUGAUUUCGAGUAUGACUUUACCCAGGAACAGUGGUGCUUGCAGUGGUCGCAGGACGGCUGCUGCUGCGAGCGGCUGGGCUGUACCGUGGAAGGCGAGCAGUACGAUAUAGGGGCAGUGUUUCCGUACGGGAAAGACAACCCUUGUUUGAACUGUACCUGUGAGAUCGGGACGUCACAGGACUACUGUCUGCGCCAAAGAUGUGGUACCUACUACGUGGUUUGUGAGGACGGGGAGGUCACCUACGAUGAAAGCUGUUGCCCUCAUUUUACCUGCCCUAUUGGAGUGUCCUGUGACAAAAUUCCUGACCCAUUUCCUCAGACUCCACAAAAUGAGCUAUUGGACUGGUUCGCUGGUCACCUGGAACCCAUACCUGUUGGGAUGACUCAGCAUUUUCACCUGGACACCUUCAGCACCUACAUCUGCAGCUGUCCC